AAACAUUUUUGCAUGCAAAAAAGGAUCAUUUUGGUUUAUCCAUUUUAAAAUCAUCAAUUGUGGCACUUGAUGACUCAUCUACAAGAUUUAUUCGCUCACAUCUGAAGAACAAAGUGCUUUUCAACCUAUACUUCUGUACACUAUGACUAACUGUAAAGGCAGAUCUACCAUCUCCAAAACAAAUAGGAAAGUUCAUGACACAGAAGGUUUUGUAAACUGGACCAUAAAUCUUAGUACAAUUCAGUCCGAUAAAUUUUUGAGGCUGCUUUUGAGUAUGGUUCCUGUUGUUUACCAAAUAAACCAGGAUGAAAGACACAAAAAAGUGAAUGGUAUCUGGCAAGAUGGUUUACAACCAGCAGGACACAAUUUUAAUGUUAGGUCUGAACAACACACAGAGUACCAUCACUUCUCAGAACCAAGUUUUCAUGGUAGUAAUGGACACAGCCCAUCUAGCUGUAGCCCUAAAUAUGAUGAUUUUACCAGUUAUAAUUACUGUGAUGGUAUGGACACUUCAGAAACAGAUGCCAUGUUGCAAGAAGACAACCUAUCUAGUGACAGUAAUGAAGAUAUCAUUGUGGAAGCAAGUAGAAAACAACCCAAAGAAUCUAGUAGUAUUAUGGCAUUACAAAUACUUGUACCUUUUUUGCUAGCAGGAUUUGGAACUGUUUCUGCUGGAAUGGUUUUGGAUAUUGUACAGCACUGGGAUGUGUUCAAGAAUGUUACUGAAGUUUUUAUCUUGGUUCCUGCACUUCUUGGUCUCAAAGGGAAUUUGGAAAUGACCUUGGCAUCCCGGCUGUCAACUGCUGUAAAUAUUGGAAAAAUGGAUUCUCCCAUUGAGAAAUGGAACCUAAUAAUUGGCAAUUUGGCCUUAAAACAGGUUCAGGCAACGGUAGUUGGUUUUCUGGCAGCAGUUGCAGCAGUUAUAUUGGGCUGGAUUCCAGAGGGCAAAUACCGCUUUGAUCAUUCAGUCCUCCUGUGUUCUAGCAGCGUAGCAACUGCCUUCAUAGCUUCUCUUUUACAAGGAAUAAUAAUGGUUGGAGUUAUUGUUGGAUCCAAGAAGACUGGUAUUAAUCCUGACAAUGUUGCCACUCCUAUAGCAGCAAGUUUUGGAGAUCUUAUCACUCUUGCUAUACUAGCAUGGAUAAGUCAGGGUCUUUAUACUUAUAAGACUUAUUACUAUGUAUCUCCUUUGGUUGGUGCCUUUUUUUUGGCUCUGACUCCGAUGGGGAUUGUCAUAGCUGCCAAACACCCAGCUACCAGAACUGUCCUCCAUUCAGGAUGGGAGCCUGUUAUAACUGCCAUGGUUAUAAGCAGUAUUGGUGGCCUUAUUCUGGACACAACUGUAUCUGAUCCUAACUUAGUUGGAAUUGUUGUUUAUACCCCGGUAAUUAAUG